ACCGAGACGCACCGCUAGCGGCGGCUGGCGCUCGUGACCUAGCGGGUGCGGCGUGUCGCUGGAGGAGCGGUUGGCCCUCAUUGUGCAAGGCGGUCGAGGAGCGGCACACCUGAUUCUCGCCAGCGUGGUCCUGGUCUGCGGAGAGCGAUGCCGCUUCCCGACACCAUGUUCUGCGCUCAGCAGAUCCACAUUCCCCCGGAGCUGCCGGACAUCCUGAAGCAGUUCACCAAGGCGGCCAUCCGCACCCAGCCCGCCGACGUGCUGCAGUGGUCCGCAGGAUAUUUUACAGCUUUGUCGAGAGGAGAUCCGCUUCCCAUAAAGGACAGAAUCGAAAUGCCUGUGGCAACCCAGAAAACAGACACAGGCCUGACUCCAGGACUCCUGAAAGUUUUGCACAAGCAGUGCAGCCACAAGCACUAUGUGGAAUUGGCAGAUCUUGAGAAGAAGUGGAAAAAUUUGUGCCUGCCAGUAGAAAAAUUAAGAGCUCUCUUAGAGCUGGAUCAUUGCCAAAAGCAAAUCGAGUGGAUAAAAUUCUUAGCGCUUGGAUGUAGCAUGCUUGGUGGGUCGCUGAACACCGCCAUGAAGCACCUGUGCGAGAUCCUCACCACUGAUCCAGAGGGCGGAGCUGCUCGAAUCCCGUUUGAGACUUUUUCCUAUGUCUACCGCUACUUGGCUGGCCUAGACCUAGACGUCACUGCUGUGGAGACAGAAUACUAUCUUGCCACUUUAAAGGACAAUGUAGAAUCUAGAAAAAAUGGCAUGAUAGGACUUUCAGAUUUCUUCUUUCCAAAGCGGACAAUUUAGAAAACCUCGAAGACUCUGAAGACAUAGGGCAUUAAUACAGAGAAGAACACAUUUUAAUGUCAAAGUAGUGCUUUUUAAAACCUUGGCACCAAAUACAGCUUGUUAUUAACCACA